AUGAUCUAUCCUUCGACGGUGGUUUUAGCAGGGAAACAUAGGUUGAACGAAGGCAUCGAUUACAACUUUGAGGGAUACAAAAUGGCUGGAAGAGAGAUUGUCGGAGUCGGCAACCUUGACUCCUCGGCUUCUGGCAACUCCGUGGCCUCCUCUCCUCACUCCCACGAAAAAAUUCCCUGGUACAUUGGCGGCGAGAUCCAGAAGUUCGUCGUCCACCGAUUGACAACCUUCUUCAGCUUCGGCGGCGAGAUCCAUAAAUUCCCUUGGUUUAUUAUCCUCCUCUACCUAGGAAUGGCAAUGGUGCAGGUCCGGGGCGGGUUUCUUGGUACCCAGACCCGCCCCGUGGUAGGUCGGGUCCAGGUAAGGAAGGCCGCAUCGAUCGAAUCGUCUGAUGAGUUGAGAGUGAAUCUGCAGUUACGGUCGCGGCCUCAAAAUCCUUCUUCACCUCCAGAGUGA